ACUGGCGCAGUCAUGAGUGGUUUGAUAACGGCAAGGCCUCGCACUACGUUGUGAUAACAGCCCGCGCCCGUCAUGGUUACAUGUUUUACUGUUCCAUGAAAUGCGAGGAAAUUUGUUUGCACGUUCGUAAUUCGUAUUUCGUAUUAUUCGCCGCCGUCCGGGUCCGGGAUCUGAAUAUCCUAUUCCACUUCCGUGUCAAUAUUCCUAGACCCUAUAGUUCCGACUACAGUCCUGACCUAUCAACGCCGGCCCAAUUCGCAACGGCUCUGGUCGAAGUAAAUUCACGCCCGGGCUAUGCGGUCGAGCAGUCUCAGCAUAACCAGAUUUUUUAUUAAAUCAACUUGAUAUCAUCAUGUCGGGCACAGUGAAGUAUGUAGUAAAAGAUCCUUGCGCUAACUCUCAAGUUGUCCAUUUACCAACUAGAAAUCGUAAUAUUGUAAAAAGUGGCCACGGAAAACCAGAAGUCAAGGAUCUUAUUGAAAAACAGCAGCAAAAGCCAAUAAGAAAAAUUAUUAGAAUGAGCGAUUUAAAAGAAAACAAUACUGAAAUCAUCACUGUUUCUCCAGAAUUCUUUGAUGAAAGUUCAUCAGAGAUAAAAGAAGAACCUAUGUCUGAUUCAAGCUAUGAUGAUAUGGAAGUAAAUUGUGAAUAUCAAGAAGAUCCUGAGGUCAUUGUUGUCCGUGGUGAUGAUUUAGAUCAAUCUAGUAGUAGCGAUUUAGAAUUCAUAGAAGACAUAAGACAUGAAGAACCCAGUAAAAGUAAAUUGCAUAAUGAUGUCAACUCUUCUGAUGUUGUCGUACGAACAGACAUUUUAAACGAUUUACUAGAAGGGCGUAUGACCAAAACUACUAAAAAACUUCUUGAUUCUACUAAGAUUUCUUAUUUGCCUAUGCAGCUAACUCCGAAUGAAUUUCGUUCUUCAUAUACUAAUGAAAAAAGCCCAUUUAAAGUUCGGCCUAUAAAAGCUAACAAAGGUUUAAGACAUUUCUCAAAAAGAGUAUGUGAUAAAGUUAAGACUAAAAUGGUUACCACGUACAAAGAAGUAGCAGAUGAAUUAGUGGCUGAAUGUGUGGGCAACAGCAAUAGUCCAACCUUUUUAUAUGAUCAAAAAAAUAUUAGACGCCGUGUGUAUGAUGCCUUGAAUGUAUUAAUGGCUUUAGAUAUAAUUGCUAAGAACAAAAAAGAUAUAACCUGGAAAGGAUUACCAACUGGAUCAAUACAAAACAGUGUAUAUCUUGUUCAAGAAAAAGAAAACCGCCUUAAUAGUGUAAAAAGAAAACUUUUAGCUCUUCAAGAGAUCAUUAUGCAAGAAGUAGCUAUUAAACGUUUAGUGAAACGUAAUCAGGAUAUGGAAAAUGAAUUUGGUCCUCCGCCUAAUAACACAUUUGUUAAUCUACCCUUUAUGGCAAUUAGUGCGAAUGAAGAUACGUCUGUUGAAGUAGAAAUAUCAGAAGACCAAAAACAAUAUGGAAUGAGUUUCAAUGAUAAAUUUAGUAUGGUUGACGACACUGAAAUAUUGAAAACUAUGGGUUUCACUUUAGGGUUGGAUCGCGGUGAAGUGAGCAAUGAAGACUUGAACAUUUUGAAAACAUUAGUACCCAAAGCUUUUGAAAAACACAUUGUUAUGAUGGCUACCAAAAAUGGAGAAAUGUUUAAUGAUAUCUGUAAGGAAUUUGAUGAAAAAAUUAGAUCUGCUGAAAUUGAACAAUCUCCAUCAAGACCCAAUAUUAUUAAUAGAAGAAAAAAUAAGAGAUAAAUAAAAAAAUUGGCUAUGUUUUUCUUCAUUUUUUGUUAUUAUGACAAUCAUCAAAAUAACUACCUAUGUCGAAUGUGUAUAUUUUUUCUGUAAAUAAUUGAAUGUUAACUAGUUUUAACUUGUACAGAUUUAACUAUUUUAUAAAUAAUAUAUAGAUAUAUUAUAUAUUUUUUUCAUUAAAUGACAACAAUGAAUUUUUAAUGAAAUUAAA